AAAUGAGGUAGGUAGGUAGGUAAAUAAACAAAACUUUGACAAAACCGUAAAACUCAAUACCAACAAGUCCAACAACUCAAUACAAUCUUAUUUCUCACUCAUCUCACCUCAUUCAACCAUUCCACUCAAAGUGUUAUCAGGUUGUUGUCAGUUUUAGGCCAAAUGUUUAUCAAUUUUGUUUUAAUAGUAGCUUUGAGUGGUAUCCAGUUAUCUACUGCGGAAUUUUACCCAGUCAUGACCAAGAGACUGCCAAGAACGAUGAAGGCUGUUGUUCUUCAGAAAUAUCUACCGAUUUCUGAUCCUUCUAGCCUCAUAGAUAUGGAAGUAAAUGUACCGGAGCUUGAGGAUUCCCAAGUACUAAUAGAAGUAAGGGCGAUUUCUGUAAACCCUAUUGAUACAAAAAUCCGGGCUCCAAAGGGAGAAGCUUUAAACGCGACGCGCAUUUUGGGAUGGGACGGCUCCGGCGUUGUAGCUCUUAAAGGAUCUCACGCCAGAACAUUCAACGUCGGCGAUGAAGUGUUCUUUACUGGUGAUUUGAGAAAAAAUGGAUCGAAUGCCGAAUAUGUGGCAAUCGACGAAAUUAUGGUUGGUGCCAAGCCAAAAAAUCUUAAUUUUGAGGAAGCUGCUGCUAUGCCUUUGACUAGUGUGACUGCAUACGAGGCGCUUUUUGAUCGUAUGUUGCUGAGUGCAAAAGAUAAAGGGAAGUCCUUGUUAAUCAUCAAUAGUGCAGGUGGGGUUGGGGCAGCUUCUAUUCAGUUGGCCAAGAAUGUGGGACUCUAUGUUAUUGGCACAGCUUCACGGCCAGAGAGUGAAGCAUUUAGUCGUCGUAUGGGUGCAGAUCUUGUCCUUAACCACAAGGAAGACUUAUAUGCCCAGUUAAAAGUAAGCGGUUUUAGUAAAGGAGUAGACUACAUCAUGGUAAAUUUUGAUCCAUACCCUUAUUGGGAUUUAUUGAUGAAGAUUAUCAAGCCUCAAGGGACAAUUUGCCUGGUGGUUGACUGUAGUCGCCCAGUAGAUAUAAGACUUUUGAAAGAUAAAAGUGUAACCCUGGUAUCUGAGAUGAUGGGUACACGAAUAAGAUAUGAUACAGAAGAUAAGGAUAGGCAUCAUGAAAUAUUGCAGGAAAUUUCAAAACUGCUUGAAUAUAAGAAGAUGAAGACUACUUUAACUAAGGUAAUAGCUCCAAUAAAUGCAGCAAAUUUAAGAGACGCACACAGACUUAUUGAGGAGAGACGUAUGAUUGGGAAACUGGUCUUAUCCGGUUUUUAAAAUAUGUAAUUUUUGAUAGUAUGCAUUUUUAUACUUGUUAAAAACAAAUCAGUGCAAUAUUCUGUUAAUGUUAAUCUAAAAUAAAUGUGCCAAAGAAA